AUGUUGCUCGCUGCCGCAGCGGAGCUCGCGACCCGCUGUGGCUUGGCUGUGCAGGGCACGGAUGACCGCUGCCGGAGAGCCAAACAGCGGUCCGAGCUGCUGCUCGAGCGAAGGCUGAUGGACACCGAGAAAGCAUCAAAACAGCUGCGGGAACAGGCUUCCGAGGUGGACUUCACGAUAGCGGUGGCAGAAAGAUCCUUGGCUCGGAGCGCGAAGCGCUGUGCUGGCAAGGAGAACCUGGCCAAGGUGGCUAAGAUCGAUGCCACGAGGUCCAAAGACGGCUGCGAGCCAUUCGUCCAGAGAUGCUCAGACCCAGCCAAGUAUGUGCGAAUGCAGAGCGACCGGUGCCUCCAAGCCCGGUCUGGCAAGGGCGGAGGCCUUGGCUGGCAACAGGCUUUGAUAUCGCUGGCUUUACCGGGCUCUGAUUUCCAGGCCCGGCACCCGUUGAAGCACUAUGGGGCCGGCAUCACUUCAUGUGGCAAUGCAGCAGAAUGGAGCCAUGCAGUGCAAUUGGCAAAGCAAAUACUAGUUGAGAACAUUGAGUUGGACACUGUCGCAUGUAGCGCCGUUGCAACAGCGUGCCAGAGAGCUGCAUGCUGGCGCGGAGCCUUGCGGUCCUUAAGGCAGAUUGCCGAUCUGGGUCUGCAGGACGAUGUCAUGGCCCAGAACGCACUCUGCAGGGUUGGACGGUGGCAGCUCGCUCUCGGGAUGUUUGCUCGCUGCACACGACAAGACGCCUACGACGCCUACUCCCUGACUUCGGCCCUCCGCUCUCUCUGCUCUACGCAGAGCUCGCAGAGCUCGCAGAGCUCGCAGAGCUCGCAGAGCUGGCGCUGGGCGGGGAACCUCCUGGCCGUCGCCAAAGCAGCGCUGCUGAGAGCCAACCUCGUCUGCCAAAACUCGGCGCUGGAUGUCUUUGCGAGAGCCUCGCAGUGGCUCGCGGGGUUGCAGCUUCUCAAAAACUGGAUGACGCAACGCGGCGGAGUGGAUGUCAUUACACUCACAUCGGCGAUUCAGGCUUGCGGCGCGGCGACAGACUGCGAGCAAGCUCUGGCUCUAUUGAAACUUGCAGACGACCCAAGCUCUCCAGAUCCAGAUGUGAUUAUGUUCAAUGCGGUCAUUCACAGCCUUGCAGGCAAAGGAGACUGGCAAAGGGCCUUUGCUCUUUUGUUUGAGGUAGAGGCUAGGCGCAUGCAGCCGGACGUGGCCACCUAUACAUCAGCUAUUGGCUCGUGCAGGCUAGCAGGCGCAUGGCCGCAGGCGCUUCUCAUGUAUGCACGGGCUCGAUCGCGAAAAGUACAGGUAGCUCGGGUUUGCUCUGCAGUCCUCAUGGUUUGCGAGAAGUCCGGACGGUGGCAACAGGCAGUGGCGUUGCUCAGCGAGGUGGCGAUGUAUGUGCCACCAAUUGUCGAUAUUCUUUGCUUUAACAUAGCGCUAGGCAGUUGUGAUAAAGCUUCAGUUCACCAGGGGGCACUGCAGCUGCUUGACCGCUUCGGUGAAUGGCUCGUGCAACCAGAUGCGUGCAGUUACAACACAGCAGUCUCGUCCUUGGGCAAGGCGGCUAUAUGGCAGCAAGCCUUGCAUCGACUUGAUCACAUGAUGGACAAGCAGCUUCUUCCAGAUGCUAUCAGCCGUGCUUCACUGAUCAGCACGUCCGAAGCAGCUCGAUGGCAAAGCGCUUUGUCUUUGGUUCAAGUGGGCAGCCUCGACAUGCAGUCAGACGUUAUACUUUUCAACUCGGCAAUAUCUGCUGUUGAGCAGGUUCAGAAGUGGAGGCAUGCCUUGGGUUUAGCAGAUGAAGUUUGCAGAAGCAACUUACGGCAUGAUGAAUUCACAUAUGCUGCCACAGCAAGCGCUUGUGCUACUGCAGCGGUUUGGAAGCACGCACUUGCCGUGCUGAACAGCAUGGACUUCUUGGAAGCAGCCGGCAUCGGCGCAUCUGCCGAAUCUGCGUGCCUCAUCUAUGCUUGCAAUGCUGCAGUCGCUGCCUGCGAACCGGCAUCGCAGUGGCAGAUUGCUUCUGGACUGCUGAGGCAUGCAUCCGCACGCAAUCUUGCACCGGAUGCCAUCACCUUGAACACGGCUAUGAGAUGCCGUCGACGGACAGGACGAUGGCAGGGGGCCUGCGAACUCUUGACGGAUGCUGCUCAUCUGCGAGUCCCAGCCACGAUUGUGCUGUGUGGAGAUGCGGUUGCACUAUGCGAGGAAGCCGAAAGGUGGUUUGCAGCCCGUUGCAUCCUAGGGAGAAUUGAGAAUUUCGGCCUGAGGAUCCCGAUUCUCAGACUCUCCGACAUGGCCCGGCUGUUGCUUCUGCCGAUGCUGGUGGUCACCUUGCCGGCUGAAGCGUCUGAGGCACCCGAGACUUGUGCGACAGCGUGGGUCCAAUGCGGCGGUACCGGAUGGACAGGCCCGACGUGCUGCGACUCUGGUUUCAGCUGUUCUCAGAUGAACUCCUGGUACUCUCAUUGUGUGCCGAAGGGGUCCAUCCCAGAACAGACACAACCUGUUUCUUUAGCCGCUUCCGAAAUGGUUGACGACGAGUGCUAUCAGAUGUUCAGCGAGCUCAGCUUCAACACCCUAGUGCAGUCUUUCCCUGCUAAUCCUGAUAGUGAAGCAAAAGCUUACGUCGACUGCAAGCUCUGCAGCCGCAGCGGCAUGCAGUGCACGGCCAAUGUCUUCGGUGGUCGCACUCAGCUCGUUGCAUCGCACAUUCACCUGGCCUCCGACGGCGAUGGUGAGAAUGGUUCAGGCCCUCCAGUGAUCAACUUCUGCGGGGACAACGGUCCUGGAAUGAUUGCUGAUGGCAGCUCCUACAAGUCUCCCUGUCCUCACUACAAGAACCGUGCUGCCGUGAUGUCCAUGACGGGCAACUUCGUUGACGGGCAGAAUGCUGGCUUCACGUUGGGAUCCCGGUUGAAAGACAUUGCUUCCAAUCCUUCAAAGUAUUACUUCAACUUCCAUUCCAUUGCCAGCUGGACGCACUGGCAGAUGGAGGGCAAGGGUCCUGUGGGAAUGUGCCGCGGCGUGAUGCAGAUGAGUCAGAGGAGGUUAGGCUCUGUGCUCGUGUAG